CAGGUGAAGAAUGAAUUGCCUAGUACUUUGAAGGCGUACCGAUACCAACAACACCGUUGGUCCUGUGGUCCAGCCAAUCUUUUCAGGAAAAUGGUUAUGGAGAUUGCAAGGAACAAGAAAGUGACAUUGUGGAAGAAAGUGCAUGUGAUUUACAGCUUCUUCUUCGUAAGGAAGAUUGUGGCGCAUAUCAUUACGUUUGUCUUUUACUGUGUCGUUUUGCCAGCAACUGUUUUGGUCCCUGAAGUUCAUGUUCCGAAAUGGGGAGCUGUCUACAUUCCUUCUAUCAUCACCCUUCUCAAUGCAGUCGGGACUCCAAGGUCACUCCAUUUACUAGUUUUCUGGAUCCUUUUCGAGAAUGUCAUGUCGUUACACCGCACAAAAGCCACGAUCAUCGGCCUACUAGAGGCCAGCCGGGUGAAUGAAUGGGUUGUCACUGAGAAACUAGGAGAUGCCCUCAAGGGAAAAGCAGCAAAAGCGCCCAAAAAACCGCGAUUCAAGAUCGGAGAAAGGUAGACACACAUGUUACAUUU